GUAUUUUUUUGUUCGCUGGAAUCGGACGUGUUUUCUUUUCGCUGUGCAAAGUCUAUUUAUACCGCGUCGCGACCGUCAGUGAAUAACAAAUAGUGCAAAAGCACAUUAAAAGAAAACUGUAUUUCGUGCUACACAAAUUGAAUGUGUAAAAAUAAACCCUAAUAAGUAGCUAUGAGUGGGGAAAUUUAUCAGAUAGAGACGCGCCGGCGUUCGCGCUCCAAGACGCCAUUUCUGCGCUCCAGCUGCGAUCAUGAGAAUUGCGAGCAUGCCGGCGAGGAGGGGCAUGUGCAUCACAAGAAGAAGAAGCCAUCGAUGGCACCAAAUGUGCAAACUAUUGUGGAGGAGCACGUGGUGGAAACCCACACGAGCAGCAGCAGCACCAUCAAUCGGAAUAGCAAUAAUAAAGCGACACGCUCGAAGGGAUUCGCUCAGCUAACGUCGGAUUAUUCAAGUGAUUAUGACACGCCCGAGGGCAAGCGUAAAGGAGCAGCAAGCUCAACCAAGUCCACGGUGACCACGAUGUUCACCAACACCAGCAAGAGAUUGGGCAAUGCUCUCAGCAGUUUGACAGCUGCCACUUCAACACCGCGUAGUCAAUUGGAGACCACACAAAAUGUGCUCAACUCGGCCCAGGAACAGAGGAGCAGCAAACGGUCAAAUGGCGAUGCCAAUUUAAGCCAAGAUCACAUUGCCUACAUUGAGUACAGAGACGCGGGUGAAUACUGGAACAAAACGCCGAAAACGGAUUAUACCUACUCGGAACUGUCGCCGCAUCGUCGUCAACUGGCACCUGGCAUUGUGGCCAUGCCGAAUAUGUCACGUCGCAGUCUGGCGAAUCACGACGAACGUGUGGAAUUCAUGGUACAACAGAAUCCCGCACAGGAGGAGUUCAUUCGUCGUCGUUAUCAGGCGAAGCUCACGCAUUUGAAUUACGAUUCCAGCGAUGAGGUGGACAUUACGCAUUUUGGCCAACAGCAAAAGCAAAGCUGGUGGCUUCUGCGAUUCAUUAGCUUCAUUGUGAGCAAUGUGAGCAGCACUUGGACACGUCUUACCAGCAUUUCGAAUACAGAAACCAAUGCAUAUCACAACUACUAUGCCAAUCAGCAGCGUCAACAACAACAUGGAAUCUUGGCCAGCAGUCUGUUGAGUCUUUAUCGUUACCUGUACGUGGGCAUUGCAUCGGUGCUCAGUCUGGACACUUGGCUAUUGAAAUCGGGCAAUACGGAGAACAAGUCGAAGAAACGUUUUCUCAUCUUUUUGCUUAUACUUUUGCCAUUGCUAUUGCUAGCGGCUUGGCAGCAGUUGCCGCAGGAUCAGCGAUUGGCGUAUGUGCAACGGACGGAGGCAUUGUUGCCACUGCCUCUGACAUUGCUUGCCACACUGCGUGGGCAGCUGUCGCAGGCUGGAGCUGCCUUUAAGUCAUUGGUGCAACCUCCCACCGUUGAGCAGCCACAAGAGGCAGCUGCCAUCAAGUUGCAGAUGGAGCAGAUGCAACAGAAUAUGCAAAAGUCGCUGACGCCGGAGGAAUAUGAGAAUAUAUUGAAUCAUGUAAACAGCUACGUGCAACAGCUGGUGGCAUUAAAGUUGCAACAGCAACACGAGACGCAACAGCAACAAUUGUCACAGAAACAAAUUCAAAUUAUUGUCCAACUGAUGCGAGAGAAUCUUCAACAAUUUGCGGCACAAACGACGCAGUUCAGCGAACAACAGUUGGCGGAUCUCGCGUUGCAGUUGAAGCUGCAGUUGCAACAGUCGGGCGAGUGGCAGGCACAACAGCAGGUGACCCUAACCGAGGCACAGCUGGAGGAGAUUACACGCUUGAUCAAGGCGGAGGUUAAACUAGAAGAUACCCACUACACACUCUUGCUGGAGACGAUUGAUUUGUCGGCGCUGCUGAGGCGCCUGCUUGGCGCGUCGGAAAUGAGGGAAUUUGUAGAUGCCCGCAUCGCUUUGGCGCUGCAGCAGCAGGUGGAGGGAUCUGCCCAAUCUGUGGAUGAGCAGCAAAUAGAUCAUUUGAACCGGGAGAUAGCAUUCAUCAAGCUGGCGCUUUCGAACAAGCAUGCAGAGAACGCGGAUCUGCAGCAAUCCAUAAGCAGUCUGAAACUCACACAGGACGACCUCCUGACACGCAUGCAACAGCACGAGCUGUCCCAGGAUCAGCGUUUUAGCGGACUUCUGGCCGAGAUUGAGAUCAAAUUGCAGGCAUUGAAUGACUCGCAAUUUGUGCUGCUCAACAAACAGGUGAAGCUCACGCUGGUGGAGAUUCUGGGCUUUAAACGAGAGUCGUCGGAUGCAUCCUUGGAUGACUUGGAUCUGCAGAAUUGGGUGCGCAGCGUGUUUGUGGCCAAGGAUUAUCUGGAGCAGCAGCUGCUCGAGCUGAACAAGCGGACGGACAACAACAUACGCGAGGAGAUCGAACGCUCCAGCAUUGUGCUGAUGAGCGACAUCAGCGAGCGUCUCAAGCGGGAAAUUCUGCUCGCCGUGGAGGCCAAGCACAAUGAGAGCAGCCAGGCGGAGAAGUUGCAGGUGCAGGAGGAGCAGGUGCGCGGCAUAGUCAAGUCCGUGCUAGCCAUUUAUGAUGCCGAUAAAACGGGACUCGUUGAUUUCGCUCUGGAAUCGGCGGGUGGACAGAUUUUGUCGACACGUUGCACGGAAAGCUAUCAGACGAAGUCGGCACAGAUCUCUGUCUUUGGCAUACCUCUCUGGUAUCCGAGCAAUACGCCCAGGGUUGCCAUCUCUCCCAAUGUACAGCCCGGCGAGUGCUGGGCCUUUCAGGGAUUCCCCGGUUUUCUUGUGCUGAAACUUAAUUCCAUGGUCUAUGUUACGGGAUUUACGUUGGAGCACAUCUCCAAGAGUCUGUCACCCACAGGACGCAUUGACUCUGCGCCGCGCAAUUUCACGGUCUGGGGUCUCGACCAUGAAAAGGAUCAGGAACCUGUGCUCUUUGGUGAGUAUGAGUAUCAGGAUAAUAAUGCGGCUCUGCAAUACUUUGUCGUCCAAAAUGUGGACAUCAAGCGGCCCUACGAGAUUGUCGAGCUGCGCAUUGAGACGAAUCAUGGCCAGCCGGAUUAUACGUGUUUAUAUCGUUUCCGUGUGCAUGGCAAGCCGCCAGCCUCAUAGAGAUUGUCCCCUCUGAUCUCUCAGGACUCUUCAACUAUAUACUGUAUACUGUAUACUGCAUAGUCAUAAGUCUGGUGUACAUAAAUGAUGUCAGUGCCUUAAAAAGGAACAAAUGGAGGAACAACAACUACUUACAGCAAAACUAUGCUAAUGAAAUGAUUAGGCUAUAGCAAUUAAGAGUCUAUAUUGUAAAAAUUAAUUGGGCAUAGAUUGAUAAGUAGAAUUUGUAUAUACUUAAAUAGCUUAGAGUUAAAUGAUCCUAUCUAAACUAUUGUGUCCUAUAUUAUUUAUUAAGUCUUUAACCCCCAAGCACAAUGCGAAGAGAAAAUAAGUUGCAAGUUAAUUUUAAAUUGUUCUUUUGCCAUUUUUGUAUAACGUUUUAAACUAUAACUAUAAAUAGUCAUAGGCAUAAAACUAACUAACUUAACUAAGCCAUAUGCUUGCUAUAUAGUUAAUAAACUAAGUUAAACUUAAGUUCAAUUUAUGAUUUAUUUAUACUUGGAAUCACAAUAGGAAAAAAUUAAAAAAAUCUACUGAAUUACUGAAAUAAUUAGAUAUAAAUAUAUAUCUCGAUUUGAUUGCAAUUAAACAUAUCUCGAACCAACACACAAACUAAGUUUAGCAAGUCAACCCAAAAAUAGUUAACUAAUUAGUUGUACUAACUAAAUGCUAUUGUUGUUACACGAUAAGUUUAAAAUUGAUAUCCUAUUUUUGCUACUUUUGUAAUAAUGCUAUAAACAGAAUAGCUUAGAGUUACAAUUUAACUGAAAAGCAUGUGAAAUGAAUAUGAAUGUAAACAAUUUUGUAUAAGUUACCGUUUCUACGUCCACUUUUUGCAGUUCUUUUUCUGAAUUUUGAAAUAAAUGCGUUGCACAAAAGAAA